AAACUCGUGGGUUUUAUUUCCCGCUUUGGGUCUUUGUAUAAUCGUUAUCAUACGGGUUUAUAUUAAUUCCGAGCGGUUUCUUACCGCUCUCCCUCUUUCUUCUUUCUGCCGUGGUUUUCCAAAUCCUCAUAUCUUCACCCUCUCUCACCCUUUGCAAACACCAAAGCGCACACCACCUAAACCUCACUCUCACACCACCAAUCACACAGCAUCGCAAUCAUGGGCGCCGGAACAGGCUUCGGCCUCAAGUUCGUGCAGUGGUUCAUCCGCGGCAUCCAGUUCUGCUGCUGCGCCAUUGUCCUCGCCAUCUACUCGUACUUCCUCGCAACGCUGCACAACCACAACCUGCCCAUCGCCACUAGCCUGCGGGCCGUCGAGGGCAUCUCGGGAGCUGGCACUCUGUACACGCUGCUGGCCCUGCUCAUGCUAUGCUGCCUCGCCGGCCACACGCUGACGGCCUUCCUGGCUGUCCUGUUCGACGUCUGCUUCAUCGGCGCCUUCAUCUACGUUGCCGUUGCCAACAAGAACGGCGCCGGCACCUGCAGCGGCGUGCUCGAUACGCCCUUUGGCAAAGGCCAGUCGGAUAGCACCGUCCAGGCGGACAAGGGCUUCACCAGGCUCCCGAGCUUCCACACGGCCUGCAGACUGCAAACAGCCUGUCUCGCCGUGUCCAUCAUCGCAACUAUCUUCUUCGCUCUCUCCAUCCUCAUGGAAUUCGCCCUCUCGCGCCACCACCAAAAGGAGAAGCGCUACGGCCCCAGCCCCCAGAACAACUACACCUCUGGCUUCGGCCCGCGCAGAGGCGGCUUCUUCGGACGCAUCUUUGGCUCCCGCCAGGUCGUCGACGGCAGCGAGGAGGGCAACAUGCUGCCCCAGCACCCGCAGCCCGACCAGCUCAACGCCGAUAACAACGACAUCUCCAACCCUUACAACCACACCGACUAUAACACAAAGUACGAGACUGGUUACGGCUACACCGGCGUCACCGGCGUCACCGGCCCCAACAAUACGAAUACCGCUUACAUGGGUGCUGGUGGAUAUACGACUCCGCAGACCACGACUGGCUACGGACAGGCUGUUAACUACCGCUACGAAGAUGGCAUCUACGAAGCUCCUACCCAGCACUAACUCCAUUGUGAGUUUUACGCCUCUGCUUUGGUAAUACCACAGAGGACCGAAUCAAAAUGAGAAGUAGAAAAGAAGAAGAAGAAGAAGAAAAAAGAGUAAAUCCCAAAAAAAACACAACAUGUACAAUUGGUAUAUAUGUAUGAUGAAUGAGCACCAACGAGGGGAAAACAGUCAUGACCUCCUUGUGCUUAACGAGAAAAUAUGGGCUGGGCAGGGGUCUUUGCAAACUUGAAACGAAUAUCAAUCGGUCAUGUAGACAUAGGGAGGCAAAACACCUUCAGAGUUUUGACUUGGUUCAGCUCACAAUUAAUAAGUAAUGAAUAACAGCUGUAUCUCUAUCUGC